CUCUCUCUUUGACAUGGAAAAAGCUUCAAGUCCUGAAAAAUGGCAAGCCAAAGUGUCAACUACUCUCACAAAGGCAAAGCCUGACCAAAUCUGGCUUCUCUUCACCGAUUUCUUCAACCUCCACAAGUGGCUUCCCACCUUAGGCACGUGUCACGGCGUCCACGGCAACAACAGUGAGCCCGGCUGCAUCAGAUUCUGCUCUAGCUCCUCCAUACGAUCCAACAGUGUAGAAUCCGCCGCGGGAUGGUCUAAGGAGAAGCUGGUGGCCGUUGAUCCUGUUGAACGUGUGAUGAGAUACGAGAUAGUGGAGAGUAACAUUGGAUUCGAAUCCUACGUUUCGACAGUUAAGAUAUCGCCACAUGGUGAAGAUGGAGACGUUGAUGGUUGCGUGAUAGAGUGGAGUUUCACCGUUGAUCCAGUGAGAGGAUUGUCUUUAGAUGAUUUGGUGAUGAAGUAUGAGAAAGCACUAGAGGUAAUCACCAAGAACAUGGAAGAAGAGGCUUUGACAAGAAGAGAGUCUUCUUAGAAAUGUUGUUGAUAAGCUCAUAUAGCAAAUAUGCUUUUAACAAAACACUUUUAAGAUU